AUGGAUUUUCAUGGAAUGAAUAGGAGAAAUCUACAAAUCCUAUGUAAAAAGCAUGGGAUCCCUGCGAAUCUCAAGAACAUCGAGAUGGCUAAUCGUCUCGCUUCUCUUUUCCAGAAGGAAGAUGAAGAAACUGUAACGGAAACGAAAGUUUCGCCUGAGGAGGAUUCUGUAGAGGCUGAUGAUGGUAUCAAGGAGGAGGAGGAGGAUUUGGUUGUUAGUAGAAAGGGUAAGAAAGUAAGAUUCAGUCCUGAGAGUGAUAAUCAAGUUUUUGAGUUCACUCGCUCUGUUAAGAAGAAUGUUAGAACGAUUCGUCGAAAACAUGGGAAAGCUCUUGAGGAGGAUGGAAGAAGUGUAGAGCUAAAGCGGUCAAAGAGAAGUGUGUCUAAGGGGAUUACAGUUGAUGGAUCAAACUCAGUAAGUGGGAUUGUUGAGGUUGAGAAAGGAGAUUCAAACUCAGUAAAGGUUACAAGGCGGUCGAAACGAAUUGGCUCUAAGGGUAGUGCUCAAGAAGAGGGUAAAGAGACAGAUUUGAUUGCUCAAGAACAGUUUGGAGAUAAAGAUAUUCAGAAUGGGAGACGUUCUACGAGACUGGCAGCUAGAACUGAGAAAUCAUGCGUGGAAGGUGGGGCAUCCAAGGCAGUAGCUUUAUUACAUGUUGCUAAGCGGUCAAAGCGAAUUGGAUCUGGUGGUAGUAGUCAAGAAGAGGGCAAGGAUUCUGAUUUGAUUGCUCAAGAACAAUUUGGAGCUAGAGAUGUCAAGGAUGGGAGACGGUCCACGAAAAUGGCUGGUAAGAUUGAGAAAUCAUAUGAGGAAGGUGGGACAUCCAAGUCGGUAGCUUUAUUACCUACGGCUAAGCGGUCAAAGCGAAUUGGAUCUGGUGGUAGCACUCAAGAAGAGGGAAAGGAUACUGAUUUGAAUGCUCCGGAACUGUUUGAAGAUAGAGAUGUCCAGGGUGGGAGACGGUCUACGCGACUGGCUGCUAAAACUGAGCAAUCAUUUGAGGAAGGUGGGACAUCCAAGUCGGUGACUUUAUUACCUGCGGCUAAGCGGUCAAAGCAGCUUGUAGACGUUGCUAAUAAAGAAGAUGGAAAGGAAACAGGAGAAGAACAACAUCGGAAGGAUGAUGAUUCUAAAGUUGAAGUGGUGCGUAGGCGGUCUAUGCGGUUUGUGAAUGAUAUCGAGGCUCAGGGCAAUACUCAGGAUCGGAGAAGGUCAGUAAGGCUUAAGGCUAGUGUGGCAAACCCAUUAAUGGGUCAAGCAAAGAAUGAUUCAGUUAAGGCUUCAAGAGUAGUUAAAGGGACUCUGGUUGAAUCAUCGAAAAGAGUUACUCGAAAUAUGAAGCGGGAUAGAUCAGCAGAGACAGGGGUGGAUGGAGGAACUGCAUCAAAUCAGAGCAAUAUAACGUCUAAAAAGACAAUGGAUGAGUUCGCUCACUUUGAGCAAGAAGAAGCUUGUGGAGCUGAUGUUAAAGCUGGAGGCUCUUCCAAGAAGUCGAAGUCCAUGAAUCAAGAAUGCAUAAAGGACAAGCCACAAGGAAUAGUAAUAAUUGAAGACUCACCUGCUUCCUCCAAAACCAAAGCUGCAGAAUCUGUGGAAGAAGAAUGCGAAGAGAAACUAGAGCGAGACGCAGUUAUGCCCGUAAUAGAGGAGGAUAAAGAGCCUACUUGCCAUAUCCUUGUAAAGGAUGUUGCUUCGACAGUUAUAGUAGAGGAAAGUACCAAAACAAAGGACGAAGCCCUUAUUUACGCUCCUGAAUCUGAGCUUAAGGAGCAUAGCUCCAUAGCUAAGUUAUCAAACGUAGAAGAAAUUCUGGAAAACUCAACUGAAUGCUGCAAAGAGAUUCACUCAAGUGAAGCUGAAGAUGAUGAAAAAUGUUCCUCGGAGAAGGAUGUACGAGCAGAAAAUUUGCAUGGAAACGUUUCUGAAUGCAACACUGAGAAUAGCAGUGCAAAAGAAGAAAUUAAGAUUAGCAAGGUCGGUGGUAUGAGUGCUGAUGAUUGUGUAAAUCUAACACCAGAAAAACUUUCGGGUGAGUACGCUCAGUUGGAGUCAGAAGAAGCAGAGCGGCCUAAUGUGGAAGCGAGAAGCUGUUCCCAGAAAAUGAAGAAGAUAGUGGGUCAAGAACUCGUAAAAGAUAAGCCACGGGGAAUGGCUGAGGACUCACCUUCUACAUCUGAAACCAAAGCUGGAGAACCUGUUAUGAUCUCUGAGAAUGUACUGGAUUCUAAACGGAAAGUUUCAGAUGACACAUCAGCGGUGAGAAACAGUCACGAGUUGAAUUCUGAAUUUUUGGAAGAAAAACGUGAAGAGAAACAUGAGCAAGCCACCAUUUUGCUGGUUGCGACUAAGAAAGACAAAGGGGAAGCAUCAUCACUCUCCGAAUUUCUUAUUGAGCGCUCAGAAGUGAAAACAUCUCCACGCAACUGCAGCACUGGUUGUUCUCUAUCUGUGGAAACGACACUGUCACCUACUUCGUUACAAUUAGCAAUGUUCAACCCGGAAGCCUAUCUAGGCGUGCCUACUGACAAUGACAUUGGUUCGGCAGUUUUAACCGAGGAAGAUAAAAUAACCAAGGACACCAUUAUUUUCACUCCUACAUCUGAGCUUAAGGAGAAUAACUCUGUUGAUAAGAUAUCAAAAGUAGAAGUUACAGCAAUCAUGGUAAACUCAGCAGAAAGCUGCAAAGAGGAAAAGAAAGGUUCCUUAAAGAAAGAUGGCCAAGCAGAAAAUUUGCAUGUAAACUUUUCUGAAUGCAACACUGAGAAUAGCAUCUCAGAAGACGUGGAGAUUAGUAAGGACAGUUUUAUGAGUGUAAAUCUGACACCAGAAGAACUUCUGGAUACGUACACUCAAUUGGUGCUAGAAGAAGCAGGGGGACCUAAUAUGGAAAUUAGAAGCUCUUCCAAGAAAAUGAAGACAGCGAGUUCAGAAUUCCUAAAAGAGAAUCCACAAGGAAUGGUUGAAGACUCACCUUCUACAUCCAUGACCAAAACUUCAGAAACCAUCAUGAUGUCUGGGAAUGUUUCAGUUGAUAUUUCACCAGUAGGAAACACUCAAGAGUUGAAUCCUGAACUUGCGGAUGAAGAACGUGAAGAGAAACAAGAGCUACACAUAUCUCUGGUGGCUGAGACAGAUAAGGAGAAAAAGAAUGCAUCAUCAGAAGUAAUCAUUCCUGAAUCUGAGUUAUUUGUGGGAACCUCUCCACCUCCUCCUUCUUCAGUACAUAUAGCAGUGAGCAACCCUGAAUCCGAGCUAAGUGUGCCUACUGGACAUAUCCUUGUUAAGGAUAUUGUUUCAGCAGUUAUUGCUGCGGAAGAUAUUAAAGCCGAGGAGGUUCCUAAGUCUGUGCAUAGCUUUGUAGCUAAGUUAUCAGAAACAGACGUCCUGGAAAAUUCAGCUGCGUGUUGGAACGAGAGUCUUUCAAGCAAAGAUGAUGAUAGAGGUUCCUUAGAGAAGGAAAAACAAUCAGCAGAGCGACAUGGAAACUUCUCUGAAUACAACACUGAGAAUAGCAGUGCAGAAGAACAAGCAGACAUCUGUAAGGUUGGUCGUAUUAGUGAUGGUCAUUGCGUAGACCGGGAAAAUCUCGACGAGGUCAAGGAUGAGAGUCUAAUAAAAUCUGUGCAAACAGUUUCUAGUGAGAGAGUUUGUAACCCAAAUGCGUCGGAGCUCAGUGGGUUGUUGUCAACUGAAUUUGCUUCCCACACACAUAAGGAAGCGAACGUUUCAGAGUGUUUGGAGGAAGAGGAAAUGAAAGCUUUAUCCCAACCUACACCAAUAAACAAAGCUGCUAGCAAGGUACUUGACAGGUCAUCUCUAUUCACUACCCCCGAAAGGAACUUGAUGUUAAUGGAGCAACUCAGCGAAAGUGGAAAGAUCUGUGCAGCUGAUAUAGUGACCCAGCACAGUGAUGAAGCAGUAGAGUCUGUUGUUUUCACAACUCCUGAAAAAGUUUUACUGCUGGGUGACUCUGGGCUAGAUGAGGCGGGAAAUGAAGAGGAGCAUACUACCACAGACUUUCCUGAUGAUCUCAAUACAACCCAAAAUGAAGCUUUUGAUGAGAAAGAAAGAAUAGUAGUUGAGCUUCAUGACGAGUCUAACAUUGCCGCAAGUCCACUGAGACAAUCCAGUGUAGAAGAAAGCACCGAAAGGAAUGAAGAAAUUAGGACUUCUGAGCUCCAUUGUGAAUCUGGCACUUGCACUGGACCGGAUAAACAUGCAGCGUUGUUAAAUUCUGUAUCAGAUGGAGCAGAGACUGUUGGAGGAAACAAAGCUAUGGAGUUUUAUGAAGAAUCUGUUGGUUUCACUGGUCUGGAGGAGAGACGUGAGCUUUUUGGAUAUUCUGGACAUGAUAAAGCUAGAGAAGGUGAAGUAACAAAGGCUGCACAGUUCUAUGAGGAAGUUGGAUUAUCCUCUGAGAUGCACAAAGAUCUACCUUUAGCAGACCCUGAACUAGGAGAACGAGGAUUGCUAGAAAUUAAUAACGCUGACAAGUCAGGUAGCCUGGAGGGGCAAUUGUUGUAUGGAGACUCUGAACAAAAGACAGCAGUAAAGUCUGCAGAAAAAGAGGCUGCACAGUUCCAUGAUGAAUCUGCUGUUCUCAAUAUUCUAGAACGACAUCUCUUUCUAGAAGAGUCUGAACUGGAAGAAGCUACAAAAAGUGAAGAAAGCAAUGCUUUGGAAUUGCAAGCUGACUGUGACAACUUCACUGGUGCGAAUGUAUCUGCUACUUCUCAUGAUAUGUAUGAUGUUCUCACUACUGAGAGCCACACUCUUAUGGGAGACUUUGAGCCAGACGAAGAAGAAAACAAGGAUGUGGAAUUGUUGGGUGAAUCUAACAUUUCCACAAACGAAGAGUCUGGACAAGACGAAAUGAUAAAACAAAGUACAGCAGCCAAUUGCGAAGAGUCAUUUGUUUUCAUUUCUCCAGAGAGACGACACCAUUUAGGAAACUCUGAACGAAAGGAAGUGGAGUUCAAGGACGAGACUCCCAUCUUCACUAGGCUCGAGGCUCGUUUACUUUUGGGAGAGUCUGGACAGGACCGUCUUGGUAAUGGUGAGUCUGGCUCAACUCAGUUUCAAAGCCAUCAUGCUUCUUCUCCCAAAGUUAUCUUGAAGGACAACAGUGUGAUUAGGGAAAUUCACGUUGCAGCUCCAGAUUUCAGAGAAAACACUAUUACCGCAUCCAAAGUUUCUCAUAGCCAUGAGUUUAGUGCUGGGAAAGAAACUUCAGGUGCAGGGUUUAAAGCUUCUCAGGCGGAAAAUGUUGUAGGUCUAGAUGUCAUGCAAGGGACAUCAAAGCAAAGCAGAGAGAAUUCUCCACAUGUCGACUCAGUCAAUCAUUUUGACUUUGACACUAUGCGGGUAGACACAACCAUGGAUGCAGAAAGAAAUGUUUCCUUCAGUUCCUAUGUCCUUGCGUUACCAGCCAAAGGUAAUUCCCAGACAACUGGUGAUAUCUCCAACUCCUUGGAAGUUGCUAGGACCUGUUCGUUGGUGUCUGACUCAGAAGAAUCUGGCCCUUCCGCAGACAUUCAGAACCAGAUACAUGAUGCAACAGACGAGCUCAUAGAUGCAAAGGUGCCGAAGAACACACAAAAUGAUUCCGAGGCAAUUGGCUUACCAGCUGAAGGUGAUUCCGAGACUAUUGGUAAAAUUUCCAGCCAACUUGAAUUUACUGAAACCUGCUACAGUUCCAUGGUUUCACUUGAAGUUACUGAAACCUGCUACAGUUCCAUGGUGUCAGGUGAGAAACUUCUAAAAAAAAUUUUAAUAUGA